CCGGCUUUCCAAAUAUCAACCGCCACCACAUCGAUAUCCAAAACCAUCGACUUAUAUGUGAUAGUCAAGGAAUGGGCAAACAGAGCAGAUAAUUCUUCUGAAAAUGGCAGCCAAAGUGGCUCUCUCUUCUUGUCUCAGAACCCAGAUUCCUGUCUUCCCCAAGUCUUCAUCAUCACCAUCAGCUUUCCCGUGUGCUCUCGGUUUACAAAAGACAAGGGUCCAUCAAUUCAAAGUACAUGCAAACUUAGGGGAAGGAGAAGGAGAACUCAAGCCAAAAGGAAAGAAGAAAUUUAUAACAAGAGACGAAGAACCAGAACAGUAUUGGCAAACUGCAGGAGAAAGGGAAGGAGAGAAUCCCAUGAUGACCCCUCUUCCUUACAUUAUCAUAUUUGGCAUGUCAACACCCUUUGUAAUUUUAGCCAUUGCUUUUGCUAAUGGCUGGAUCAAAGUGCCUGUUCGAUGAACUUUGCCUUUGCAAUGCAGUGAGAAUGAGAGACUGGGCCCUCCAUGGUGUUGAUUCACUCGAUAGACAUCUUCAAUUCAGCCUUCUCAGCUUUCAAAAUUUAAGCAUAUGUUGUGAACGCACUUGCUUUGAGUAUUUAUGAUGUUAGGUUUUCAGGCAAAAAUAAUAAUAAAAAGGUCUUUCUACAAUCAUUCGUCAGAAUGAAUGAAAUGUACCAAACACGCAGGAUGGAAAUAUCAAUGCGAUAUCGCUUACCUACGCUGCAAAAACAAGUAAUUUCCUCUGGAUCUAAGUAUAUUCCUACUA